UAUUAUUAUUAUUUGAUAUUAUAAUACAGUCAUGUAAAGAUGUUUUAUAGGGUCGGUGCUGCCAUCUAUUGAUGGUACCCGACACUACUAAAACUAGAGUGUGUGACGGGAAUCACGGUUUGUUCCCAAUGGGAAUAACCGUGAUUUUCCCGGGUAAACGGGAGUGUGUUGGGAAUAGGGUAUUAAAAUACCCGACACAAAUCCUAACAUAUUCCCGUCUAGAACACAAAAUAUACACCUCUAGUUUAGUUAUGUGGUUUAACACAUAACUAAACUAUAGGGAAUUUUAUGGGAAAAUUUAGGGAAUAUAUAGGGAAUUUUUAGGGGAAUAUUAUAUUUAUUAAAUAAUCUCUUUGUUUCCUAUGGGAAACCAAUACAAGUCUAUGAAUUUAUAUUAGGGAAGGAAAGGCAUGUUUGCACACGACACCAUUAGGUGUUGUGCGCAAACAAUAAGUCCCAUUGAAUUAGAGAGUAUAUAAACGGCUGUAAACCAUUCAUUUGGUUAUGAAGUGUUGGGUUCAGACUUAAACCAGUUAACCCUAAAGAGUGCUAGGAUUUGCAUUAAACUGCAGACCUAAUAACAGACCAUAGGAUUACGUAUAAAUUUAUUGUACUUUUGUUAUUAUUAUUAUCAAAUAAAUACUGUUUUCAUUUACAAUACGGAUUACCAUUUAUUUAACUCAACGGUGAGUCGUCAGACUUAGUCGGUGUCUGUCUUCGGAUAGACACCGGUUGUGUUUCAUCCGCUCGUAUCGGACCGCUGAGGCGUAUCAACGGCUACGGAUCGGUGCGACACAACGCAUGUGGUGGCUAAAGCGGUGAGAUUUACUCUACUAUUACCGGUAGCAUAGCUCUUUAACUGGAGUACUGCUCACAUUACCUGUUAUAAACCGACGGUAAGGUUCUUUAAACAGAACCUACCGACUCACACGCAAAUCCAAGCACAGUGAUGAGUAGACUUUUAAAACAAAGUCACUCAUCAUUAAUAGGGCUUAAAGGUCCAAAAAAGAUCAUAGGCCUGUGCAUACCGAGGGAAUGGUAGCGCAGCGCUUUUGUCAACAGAGGAUGUCGGCCUAAAAACUGACACUAAUCCUCUGAUCUUCUCACCUCACAUGGGAGGAAUGAGAGCCUUGGUUUAAAACGGCUGAGGGGUGCGAAUGACAUGUAAUGAUCGCUGUGAUUGACUUAAACGAGUCAACACCUAACUGAGUUCUUAAACUGGAACUCAAAAAUGCUACGUCUAUCAACAACAAGGGAUGGUUGCUGACGGACGUGUGGACUAAGGACGAACCCAACACUUCAUCAAACACCGGCUGUUAUCGACACUCGAGGAUGGCCAAACGACAACAACAACACCCGACUAAUAUCUAAUAAUAAUAAACACUCGACUAAUAUCUAAUAAUAAACACUCAUUAACAUAAUAACUCUUAUAUAAUGUUGGGGGAAUAAACUAAUAAACUCCACUCUAAUACUAAUUGCGCAAAAUUGACUCAUUAAAGCUCGCUGUGAUUUAAAACUUUUAUAAGUGUAUUCAUUAAAUAUAACAAAUAUUUUUAUAUUAUGUCUAAAGCAGAUGUCACGUAGCAGAUCAAACAGCAACUCUUCCAGUGAUGGCUCGUCUAUUACCUUCAGUGAGGCCAGUGAUGUGCCUCUUACACCUGGCCAUUCAAUGGAUGACAUAUUUAACUCAACUAUUGGAAUGCCAUCUACAUCUGUACCCGAAACCGAAUUGACUGCAGAGACAAUACCCGAACCUGAAUUAGCCACAGAUAUCGUACCAAACCCGAUCACUGAGGCUACACAACAUGACUGUCAACCAUCCACAUCAAAGUCUGCCGUUAACGACUACGAUUCCUGGUCCGAAUCAGACACCGAAAGCAGUGACAAAUCCGACACCCAUUCCAAUGAUAAGAGUGACUCAAAGCGUAAGAGUAACACCGAAUGUGACUCCAAAUGUGACUCCAAAUGUGACUCCGAAUGUGACUCGAAAUGUGAAACAGACAGUAGCAGUUCUAACACUGAUACCGACAACUCUGAAUACAUUAUGAAUGAAGACGUUUACGACGCAAUGGACGUUGAUUUGCCCGAAUUUGCUGAUCUACCAACCGAACAACAACAAGUAUCCGAACCUUUCAAUCCACCAAAUCCUGUACCUGAACCACAACCGCGACAAAGUACUUCUGGAAAUCGUAACCGCCGACUUCAGGACUAUCAAUCACUUGAAAAACCCGUAGAAAAGACAUACAAUAUUAAUGCCAUAAACACAGAAAUACAUCCGGAAUAUAACUUCGCUAACCAGAUAACACAUGAUUGUUUCAGCACAUUUAACGACCAAAUAUCUACAUAUACAAUUGGACUUAAACAAAUAUUUGUUGGAUUUCAUCACGGAUUAAUCGGAGCUUUCAAACAAUUCCCGUUCGCUCCGGUUACCUAUCAAUUUCACCCGAGACUUCGAGGUGAGGUAACAAUUAUUAGAAGUGGUAUACCUCGCUUCUAUCUAUUAGCGACAACCAAAGACCAGAUCGCUCAGUAUGACGAAAGAAAUGGCAAACAAAUUCAUCAACACACAUACAACAACAAAAUUUUUACGGUUAAAGGAUUGCUUACAGAAAACUUCCAUAAAUUUGUUGUAUUAAACAAAACAAAUGAUAAGAUACCAUUCACUCAAUUUGAUACUCUACUAAUCAACAGGGCUGAAAAAGUGUUCAAAGGCGUUAAAUAUGCAUUUGGCAUCAAAGGCAUUGCUGAAAAUGUACAGUUCAAUUUCAAAGAAACAACAAAAGACAUCAUUCAAUUGUUAAUACAUCUAAAAGCUGAUUCUCAACCGAUGCGACUAAAAAUAUACGAAGUAAGAGUCAGUGAGAACGGAUUCAUACCAACCGAAAAAGAAUGCAUUCCUUUCUCUACUACCACUCUUGGACUUCAAAAACUAUUGAUCACAACACAAUAUUCAUUUGUUGGAACCAUCAAAAGCACUAAGAAAACAGACAUAGAGGUAUAUAAUAACAAUACUUUAUCUCUUUAUAAAAAAAUCAGAACAAUUGGACAUCCUAUCAAAGAAAUUUCAUGGAGCGGAAAUUCGUUGAUCGUAAUCACCGAAUUAAUGCAGAUUGAGAUCUUCGAUGCGAUACAUCUAACCAGAACUCACUUGAUUUCAGCUGAUAAACUGGUCACAAAAGCAUCAAUAGUUUUCAAUCCGCGACCAAAGCCAAUUAAACAUCAGCGCUUGUAUAUGGAACCAUCAAUAUUUUACGUCCAGUCUAAUUCAAUGAUGUGCUCUCGUCCUCUUAAAGACUAUAAAAUAACUGAAAAUACCAAAAUGAUUAAAUACCAAAGUCGCUAUAUCAUCGGAUAUCAAGCAAACAAAAACAAAAUCACAUUCGAUAAAUAUGGCGCAAAAAUAUUUUGUCAUCAUUGCAAAGAUUCUGGUUUCACAUACUCCCAUCAUCCAUAUGACUGCAAUACCUGUUGGACUUGUGGUAAUCUCGGACACAUAACAAAAGACUGCAAAACAAAUACCUUCAAAAUAAGAGGUCAAAGUUGUAAUAAUAUUGGUUAUUAUGAAAAUUCAAAUUCACUAUGUUUCAAGUAUAUUGCAAUUGAUGUAGAAAAAUUAAGUAAUCAUAAUGAUAAGCUAAUUCCAGGAUAUGUGGCUAUUGUUGGCUUCAAUGAACAAAGGUGUAAAAAUAAUUAUGAUCUUUUGUUUGCUGCAAAAUACAGAUAUCAUAGAAAAGAGAUAAAACGCUAUUUAACACAAUGGUCUGGUCUUCUCCCAUCUUAUCAUGGCCAACGUGCAACUCCCCCACACAUUGUUAAAGAUAAGCUGUUAAAAAUUAUUAAUAAUAAAAUUAUAGUUGGCAACGAUAUCGUCAACGAUUUAAAAUGUUUAGACAUUUAUAAAAACAUCAAUCAAGAUAAAGUGGUCGAUUUGAAUAAAAUAUUCAUAGAUAGCAAAGGACAACCUAUUGCAUUACGUCAUUUGUCCUUGACAAUAUUAAACAAGAAAAUACAAGAAAAUAAGCAGAAUUCAAUCAAAGGUCACGAUCCAGUUAUCGACGCGCGCUGYUGUGCAAAAAUAUACCUCAAAUACAUGCGCAAAGAAAUUAAAGUAGGAUGUGACGGUACUUAUCAAUGGAUACGUCAAGAAGCUGAUAAUAGAUUAAAGAAAUGAUAUAAUAU